UUUGACAUCAACUAGUUAAGCAUAUUUUUCAUAACAUAUGAUCUGCUAAAUUUAACUAUUUGUUUUUCUCCUCCAACAGCAUACACUUGCUGCUGGCAAUGCCAUACACAAAGUUCCCUCAAUGUAUAACAGUUUCGACACAGGUGGGAUAUUUCAUUUGCUCUGCGCCUAAAAACAAACCAAUAAAUGUGUCAAACAGAGAAUGCAAUUUCUUGCUGCUUCUUCCCGUUUCGUACGCGUAUCGUGUGUGUUGUACUUUUCCUCAUCGUCGUUGUUGAAAUUAAAAAUCUAUUGUUUUUAACUUCAUACAUUUUCUGUUUUUCGAACGAACACAAAAGCACAAAACAACGAAAUUGUUUCUUCCUCGUAAUCGCCGACAACGUAAAAUCGUUAAAUUACUCGAAAAUGUGGCCCAAACGAAUUGUGAACAACGAAUUUUUCGCCGUGUGUCGGUUGUGAAUCUCGGAACAAACGAAUAAACGAACAAAUCGACAAAAGAAAAAUUAAUCGAGUCAACUUUUAGGCGUAUAUACGUCAGCUGAAAGCUGAAAUCUGCAAGCUGCUAAUGUGCGGCAUGAUAAACAAAAUUCAAAAGAUGGCAAGCAUUAGCUGAAGUGAACAAAUUUAAAGCGUGUAUAAGAACAACAGAAACAUAGUAAAUAAUUUUAUUAAAAAGUAAUUUAAGUAAAUUAUUGAAAGCAAACAGUGUUUUAUAAAGCAGAAAGAAAGCAAGCAAACACGGGCGAUACUUGCUUUACUUUCACAAAAGCUUUUCGAAACUCCCGUUGUACAACGUCUCAACGCCUCAACGCCUUCACCGACACCAACAACUAUUGCCUUUGGCAAACUACCGCAUCGCUAGUCGAAUUGUAACUCAGCAUCUGAGCAGUUGUCACGAUGGCCGAUAAAGGAAAGGAACCCCCCAAAAAUACGGAACAAAAGAACCAAGUGACCCGCGCCAUGCCCGAACAGAGCAAUGACUAUCGUGUUGUUGUGUUUGGUGCCGGUGGUGUGGGUAAGAGCUCGCUGGUCUUACGUUUUAUUAGGGGCACCUUCCGCGAAACGUACAUACCGACCAUUGAGGACACCUAUCGGCAGGUGAUUAGUUGCAAUAAAAAUAUUUGCACACUGCAAAUAACGGACACAACAGGCUCACACCAAUUUCCGGCUAUGCAAAGACUGUCGAUAACCAAGGGUCACGCGUUCAUAUUGGUCUAUUCGGUGUGCUCCAAGCAGAGUUUAGAGGAGCUGCGACCAAUUUGGCAGAAUAUUAAAGACCUUAAGGGGCCGGACGUAGUCAAUAUACCGGUGAUGUUGGUGGGCAAUAAGAACGAUGAAAGCACUGAGCUACGUGAGGUGACACAAGCCGAGGGGCAGGCACAGGCCACCGCCUGGGGCAUAUCGUUUAUGGAGACAUCGGCCAAAACCAAUCACAACGUCACCGAAUUAUUUCAGGAGCUGCUCAACAUGGAAAAGUCGCGCAUAGUGUCGCUGCAGUUGGAUGUCAAAAAGCAUAAGAAGCAGAAGAAGGAGAAGAAGGUCAAAGAGAGUAAUGGUGCUAUACCGGAAAACGGCGAGGGAGCAGCCGGUGCCAAGGAGAAAUGUCAACUCAUGUAAGGCUGUCAGCGUGUAGCGUAACGUCUUCACGCGUCAACUGCGCUUAGCAGAAGUAACGGUGUUGUUGGAGUUAGUGAAUGAAUGGCCGCGUUGAAAGCCCAACUUGCGCCUUACCGGAAAAUGCAAGUGUUGGUAAAAGCGCCAGCGGCACUCGGGCAAGCUUGUUGACAAUUAUACUCGUUUUGAAUUCACUUCAAAUUAGCUUUAAAAACAAAACAAUUUUAACUUAUACUCAAAUGUUACAUAUUUUAGCUAUUUAUUUAUAUUUAAUAGUAAUUUAGGCUAAUCAAGUGCAUAUUACACAAUUAUUUAAGCAUUAUAGGUGUAUAUACCUAUAUAUGUAUAUACAUAUAUACAUUAUAUAUACUGCAUAUAGCUGCAUGUAGAGUGCAUUUGUAAAUUUUCAUAUAUGUUGUUAAGAUUUAUUAGAGCAAACCAAAGAGAUUUUCAGGGGCCAUUUCACAAUUACAUAGAAAUACAAAAUAAUUUUUGCACACCGAGUGGUGAAGGAAGUGCACGUAAAGAAAAAAUGCGUGAAAAAUACAUUGAUCUACAUAUGUACUUGCAGAGAAGUUUGCUAAAAGUUCAUAAAUAUUUUUAUUUUUCAAAGCAAGCUCUCAAUGCGCCAAGAAACUAAAAUUAAUAUAUAGCGUCAUUUCAUUGAGUCUUUAUUGCAGAGCGCAAGCCGGCAAAGAUUUUGAAUUCCGCUUUCUCCAGCAUAGAAAUUAACACUUUAAAUAAUUUUUACAAAUAUUAUUAUUUUUUAGAUGAGAUUUUUCCAAAAAAAAAAGUUUACAAAUAUUAUUAUUUUUUAGUUGCAAUUUUUCCAAAAAAAAAGUUUACAAAUAUUAUUUUUUUAGAUGUAAUUUUUCCGAAAAUUAAAAACAAUAUAAUAGUGCCAAUCGACUGCCGUGAACUGUAGAGCUUUCAAAUCGAUAGUCGAAGCUAUUUUUCUUCAAAUUUAUUUUCUAUUUUUCUGAAAAUAGAGCGCCUUUCAGUCAAAAAACCAACAAUUUCGUUUACAAAACUACUGAAAAACUGUGCCAUCAAUUUAAAUCCACUUGAAUAAUAUUUAUGUGGAGCCAUAUCCAAGAUUUAAGUAGAGAUUAUUCUAAAUUUUUCUAAAUAUUUUUUCUAAAUAUUUUAUUCAAUAAUUAAAUUUCCAAAAAUUUGUUUUUUAAUAUUUUAUUUAACAAUUAAUAAUUAUAUUAAUACAUUUUUAUAUCAGUAAAAUUAUGCAAUCAAUAUUUUUGUUCCAAAUGUUCAUAUUAUUAUAUUUUAAGGCAUACCUUUAGGCGAGCAUAAACUUGAAAGAGAUGUUUGAUCAGUCAUACGUCUAUUUCUGCCCUUUUCUCUCUUUUUGCGAGAUCUAUGAAGAGUUUCUCCUAUGAUUUUCAAAAUUUUUAAAAACAAUACAUAUAUAACUUAAUGAUUGAUACUUAGUACAUUAACACGUUAUUGUACCAAGAAAAUCAUGCAAUCAAUAUUUUUGUUCCACAAGUUCAUAUUAUUAUACAUUAAGGCAUACUUAUAGGCGAGGAUAAACAUGAAAGAGAUAUUUGCUCAGUCAUCCGCCUAUUUCUGCCCUUUUCUCUCUUUUUGUGAGAUAUAAGAAGAGUUUCUUUUAUGGUUUUCAGAAUAUUUAAAACAAAUUUAAAGAGGUUUUUUAACUAUUUUUCAAAAAUACAUAAUUAGUGUAAUUAUUAAUACUUACAUAUUUAAUUUAUUUAUUAAUGCUUACAUCAAUACAUUAUUAUACCAAAAAAAAUAUUUUUGUUCCACAAGUUCACUUUUUUCACAGCACCUCAUAUUAGUUAAGCAUUUUAAGGCAUACUUAUAGGCGCGUGACAUUUUUAAGGAAUAAACAUGAAAGAGUUAUUUAGUCAAUUGCCCUCUCUUUCUCACUUUAUUUAUAUAUAAUCAAGUAAAUAAUAAAGUUUAAUCCAAACGCUAUAAACUUUUCGGUUACAAUAACGUUCGUCGUGCGCCAUUUUUCCAACUUGAUACUCAAAAAAAAUUAAUAAUUCUAUUAUUUUGCAAGAGGAUGCCAUAUUUCUUAGAUUUACUACACGUGCUUGACGCUGUAUUCAAAAUUGGGCUAAGUGGUUGGUUUUUAAGAAAAGUUUUAACUUCUGGGAAAGCUGUAAAUUAGCUUCAAAUAUGUAUUAACGCGUGUCUAUAGUGUGGAAAAAAUUUAAAAAUUUUCUCCAAUUAUAACUUUACUUUUAAACAAAGCUUAAAUAUUGAUAAAUAUGAUUUCUUAGUAAUUUCUAGUUUAACUUUUGACUUAAAAUUCAUCGAAGAACUCACUAACAUCAAGACACAUACACACACACUUAUAAACAUACAUAUCAAAAUCUGCUGUACUUUUUUCUUCGUCAAAUCCUAACUAUUGUUUAACUCAAGUCGUUUGGAAAUUUCAUAAAACAACAAAAUUUCAAUAAAAUUUCGCUGAAAAUACUAGACAAACAUAUAUAAAUUUGUAUAUACUCGUAUAUAAUACAUAUGCACAUAUGUAUAUAGUGUGUUGCAGCUGUUUGCACAAAAAUUGGUAAAAUUAAAAAAAAAAUAUUUCUUGAUUUUUUAAACAAAAUUUUCUAUAAUAAUGUGCCAUAUUAUUUUUGUAUCUAAUGUAGGUAGCUUGCUUUAAUUAUAUACAGUUAAAAUGUGAUUCUUGUGUAUUUUUUUUUCUUAUUUUUUUUUUAUAUUUUUUUAAUAUUUUUAAUUUUUUUUUAAUUUUUUUUAUUUUUUGAAACCAAUUUUAAUAUAACAAUAUUGAUUUGUUAUCCGGAAAAUUUCCUGAAAUGCAGAUUUUUAAAUUUUCAUAUUUUUAUCUAACGCAACACACUAUGUAUGUAUUAAUUUUUAAUAUUAUUUAAUAUUUUUAUUAAAAAUCAUAUAUCGCUAUACAUUGACAAAAUCUACAAAUAUAUCUACCUAUAACUGUAUCUGUAUAUAUCCGAAACUGUAAACUAUAGAACAGCUCGCUAAACGAUAGAGAAUCUAUCUAAGUAAAUACAUAGCAGGAAAUGUACCGUUGUCUAUGUGCGUUUUUAAAGCACACACACAGCCAUACAUACACACAAAUGGUAUUUAAUCAAUAUAUGUAUAUAUAUACACAUACUAUGCAAUCAUAUAUAUCAUAAUUGAUACAAACAUAUACAAUAUACAUACAUAUACUUAUAUAUACAUAUAUAUAUAUAUAUACUACAUAUAAAUAGUGGCAAAUAAUUAACGUACAUACAAACCUAUAUAUACAUGAUAUACCUAAACGAAAUGACAUAGUUAUACUACAAUUACCAGUACUUACUACAAUUACUAACUGCAUCUGAAAGCCAAAAAAUUACUCUAAACAAAUAAAAGGAAAACAACAACAAAUCGUAAAAUAUUAUCAAAUACUUAGCAAUAAAUUAUACAUACAUACAUUAACUAUUACUACCACACAUAGCACAUCCUUAAGUAUUUUAUGUAAACACACACACACACAAGCAUAAGUGCACUGGCAUUCGGCCAGCAAGCAGAAGAAGUACCAAAGAAAAUUGAAGAAAUUUUACAAACAAAUAUGCAUAGAUAAAUAUACAGUUAGUAGUUGCAAUGGGCAAGUAAAUGUAUGAACAACGGUGCUUACAAGCAUGAAUAUACAUUAGGGUGUCCGUUAUUUUUCAAGUUGAUUUUUAUACCCUGAAGAGGGUAUAUUAAGGAUAUAUUAAUAAAACGCCAGAGACCCUACAAAAUAUAUAGCUAAAUGAUCAGCAUGGUGAGCAAAAUCGAUUUAGUGAUAUGCGCCUGUUUGUCUGUCUGUAUAUAUACGAAUUAAUUCCUUAGGUUUUGAAAUAUCGAUCUGAAAUUAUGCUCAAGCUGUUUUCUCCCCAAAAAGCUGCUCAGUUAUCGGAAUCGCCAAUAUCGAAUCACUAUAGCAUAUAUGGUGAAGUUGCCAUACAAAAUGGACGACACCAUGUCGGAUGAGUAACACAGAAUGUAUAAAUUACUUGAAUAAAUGAGUGAUUUCUACAUUCUGUGUUACUCAUACAGCAUGGUGUACUGUAUGAAUGAAAUACAUUCGAUGCAUAACUUUAACUGCCUAUAACUUUGAAAUAAGUAUUUUUAUUGAAAAAAUUAUUAAGAACUUUUUGUUGAGCGGGAAAUUUAGAAUAUUAUAGUUUCUGAGUCGUGCUUAUUUUCUUGUGAGUUAAAUUUAAUGCAAGCGAUCAAACAAUCCCUCGUAAAGUGUGUGGGAAAGUAAAAUUAUUGGUUUAAAUUGAAAAUAAGGAGCAUCUUAGCGUUAAAUUCUGUUUUUUGGAUCAAAACAGCAACUUGGGAAAUGACUGUCACCCUAAUGUACAUACACACACACACACGAACGCAUAUCUGAGGCAUAAUUUUCUUAUUUUUGGAUGCACUGCAACUGUUAGCCAUUUUAGUUUAGCGGGGUAAAAGGGUCAAAUGUACGAUUAACACAAACUAAAAUUUGCACACAUAUACAUGCAUACAUACAUACAUACAUACGAACUUUAUCAACUCAAAGGCUUGAAAAAGAAGUAAAAUUAGGUAAUUUGUACAUGUACACAUAUAUUUAUUUUUCUAAGCAGCACAGCAACAACAAAUUAACCCUACAUGCACACAAACACAUAUAUAUAUAUAUAUAUACAAGUACAUAAUACAUGCAAACAAAUUGAUUGCUACAAAAUACUCAAUAAUAUUUACUAAGUUUAAGCCGGUAACGACUUGCGUGCGGAGCCCCCGAUAAAAUUAGUAAAUAAUUCAAGAGAAUUACAUACAUACAUAUGUAUACCCUACAUACAUACAUACACACAAGUAUAUUUUUUAAAUGUAAGCAAACCAAUAGGUGAAUAAAGAAAGCUUUUAAGCUUUUACGGCUCUUAUACAGUUAAGUUAGGCGUAUCAAUAAUUUGUGUAAAUACGUAAAAUAACAACAAAAAGGUUAGCAAAGUAAAAUGAAAAAAUUAAGGAAACAACAUGUGUAAUACUUAUUUGCUGAAUUAACUAUUUAAAUGAAAAUCGAAAGAGUAAAACACUUAAAUUGAAAAAACAAAAACAAAAAACAAAAACAAAACACGCCUUGUGAGGUAAGAAUUGGAGUUUUUAAUUAAGAACUAAUAAGUACUGUUAUGCUAUUUUAAGCUGAAACUCAAAUUUUAUUAAUUGUUAUUCAUUAUUUGUGCUUUUCAAAAAGCAUUUUCAUGCAAAUACUUGCAAAGCAAUUUUUUUUUGUAUCUCUUAUAAAACUUAUUGUAGGUAAAAUGCAAUUUUUUUAGCAUUUAUGUUAAUUAAAGUGAAAUAAAUUAUAAAGGUAAACAAUUGAAUUGAAAUUUGCAAAGCUUUAAUUGUUAAUAUAAUACUAAAAUUAAUUAAAACAAAAAACAAAAAAAAAAAAAAUAAUGCUAUAUUAAUUAUACAUAAUGAAUUCUUUAUUCUUGAAGAAAACCAUUAAAAAAAUUAAUUAAUAAUAGUAAUAUUUAAACUUUUUUUUUGCGCUGAUUUAGGCAAAACUAGUUUGUAAGCAAGACAGUAAACAUCGAAAUAAAACCAAAAAAGAAUUAAAUAAUAAACAUAUAUUUUAUGAAUAAAUGCACCCGAUAUACAUACAUACAUAUAAGCAUACAUAUUUAAAGCGUAGUUUGAUUAAAUAUUGAUAAUUAAUAGAAGAGUGCUUUUUUCCCGUAUUCUAACGGAUA